AUCAAAGGACCAAACACAGUUUCUUGAGUUUCAAAGUUUUGUUUGGUCCUUUUCUUAAUUAGGUGAUUCUCACUUAUACUUUUUGGAGAGAAAAAAAUGGCAAAAUCUUAUGAAAAUGAGCAUCCAAUUAAGGCAUUUGGAUGGUCAGCUAGAGACACUUCUGGUAUUCUUUCUCCUUUCAACUUUUCAAGAAGGGCUACAGGGGAGAAUGAUGUACAAUUCAAAGUGUUGUAUUGUGGAAUUUGUCACUCAGAUCUUCAUAAGAUCAAGAAUGAAUGGGGCAAUUCCAAGUACCCUAUUGUGCCUGGGCACGAGAUCGUCGGUGUAGUAACCGAGGUCGGUAGCAAGGUAAACAAAGUAAAUAUUGGGGACAAUGUAGGUGUUGGAGUACUUAUUGGAUCAUGUCGAACGUGUAACAGUUGUACCAAUGACCUCGAACAAUAUUGUCCUAGCGCAAUUAGCACGUAUAAUACAAUGUACUAUGAUGGAACCACCACAUACGGUGGCUACUCCGAUCUCAUGGUGGCCAACGAGCAUUUUGUGUUCCGUUGGCCGGAGAAUUUACCGAUGGAAGCCGCCCCAUUGUUGUGUGCUGGGAUCACAACUUAUAGCCCAUUGAAAUAUUUUGGGCUUGAUAAGCCUGGAUUGCACAUUGGUGUUGUUGGUCUUGGUGGACUUGGUCAUAUGGCUGUCAAAUUUGCAAAGGCUUUUGGAGCUAAUGUCACAAUUAUUAGUACUUCUAUUAAUAAGAAGGAUGAAGCUAUUAAACUUCUUGGUGCUAAUUCAUUCUUGCUUAGUCAUGAUCCAGAACAAAUGCAGGCUGCAACAAGCACAUUGGAUGGAAUUAUAGACACUGUUUCAGCAGAACAUCCUGUUUUACCAUUGUUCAAUUUAUUAAAGCCUCAUGGAAAGCUUAUAAUGGUUGGUGCAUCAGCAAAGCCACUGGAAUUACCAGUUUUCCCCUUGCUUAUGGGGAGGAAAAUAAUGGGAGGAAGCAUCAUUGGAGGAAUGAAAGAGACACAAGAAAUGCUUGAUUUUGCAGCAAAGCAUAAUAUAACACCUGAAGUUGAAGUUAUUUCAAUGGAUUAUGUGAAUACUGCGAUGGAACGUCUUUCGAAAUCGGAUGUCAAGUAUCGAUUCGUGCUCGAUGUUGGAAAAACGUUGAAAGCUAAUUGAACGUGCAUGGAAGCUGAUCUGAACACUAUCGUUAUGAAUUUAGAAUAAAAAAUGAGCAUUAUGCUCUGGCAAUUUAAGACUGAUAUAUAUUAUUCAUGGAAUUUAAUUUGAAGGGUUUAUUUAUGGAUGGAAUAAUUGAAUUUUGGCCAUUAGAGAUUCUUAUUUGUACUUUUCACCCUUAAGUCUUUGUUAUUUUAAUUC